CAUAUCCUCCAAAUCUUUGAAAAUGAAACAGAAGAAUCUCUUGUGGAGGACGAAGUCAUACCAAUCACUUGAUCGUCAGACUGGCAUUGAUAUUACGACUACACAUUCACUGCAAUUUGAUUUAAAGACAAUCGAAACUGCAACAGAUAAGUUUUCAGAGAGCAACAAGAUUGGUCAGGGUGGAUUUGGAGAAGUUUUCAAGGGUGUGCUUCCAGACGGGACAGAAGUUGCUGUGAAAAGGCUGAUUUUUGGGAUGGACCAAACUCAAGCUGAAACGAGCAGGAUAGUUGGAACCUAUGGUUAUAUGUCUCCAGAGUAUGCAAUGAAAGGUCAUUUCUCUGUGAAGUCUGAUGUCUACAGCUUUGGAGUCUUAGUUCUUGAGAUUAUAGCCGGCAAGAGGAACAAUGGCUUGGACCGGGACGGCAAUGCUAGAAACUUGGUCACAUAUGUCUGGAGGCUUUGGAGAGAGGGUUCACCAUUAGAGCUCGUGGAUCCGUCGGUUGGAGAGAACUAUGAUAGCAACGAAGUUACAAGAUGCAUCCAUAUCGCGCUGUUAUGUGUUCAAGAAGAUCCUGCAGAUCGUCCUACAUUGGCUUCAAUCAUCUUGAUGCUCACUAGUAACACAAUUACUCUACCAGUGCCUCGACAACCUGGAUUUUUCUUCCAGAGUAGACUUGAUGAUUUCGAGGGAUUAGAACCAAGUCAAUCUACAGGAAGAUCGAUGCCUUAUUCUGUUAAUGACGUGUCAAUUACCGAUUUAGAGCCUCGUUGAAGAUGGAAGCCUUCUCUAUGUGUAAGUUUGAGUGAUGCUUCUAAAGUAUUUUCUUAUUUUGUGUGAGACUUUUAGUGAUCUUCCUGAAUAUUCAUG